UCCGAGUCCGAGGAGGGCCUGAACAAAGAGGAGGGCGAGGUGGGCUGGAUUGAAGGCCUGGCGAUUCUGAUCGCCGUGAUCGUGGUCGUGUUCGUGGUGGCCGUCAAUGAUUGGCAAAAGGAGCGCCAAUUCCGCGGACUACAGAACAAGAUAGAGUCGGAGCACCGCUUCUUUGUCAUCCGGUGCGGAGAGACGCGUGAGAUCACCGUCAAGGACAUCAUGGUCGGCGAUGUAUGCCAAAUCAAAUAUGGUGAGUUCUGGCUUGUCUCGUAG